AUGCCGACGCCUCGCUGGUGGGACGCGUACGGCGCGCUCGAGCGCCCGCUGUGCCUGGAUGUGCGGCCGCGCGCGGCGUUUGCGCAGGGCCACUUGCGCCAUGCCGUGUCGAUCGACGGGCUAGGCGCCCUGCGCACGCGCUUCAGCACGCUGCCGCCCCGUGGCGUGCCGUUUCUGGUGGUGGGCGCCGACGCGGACCUGCUCCAGACGUUUGUGCCGCGCGAGCGCUGGGCGAUCGUCGCGAUCGUCCUCGUAGACACGCACGUGCCUGCGGAUCUCCUGGCGCAGGCGACACACCCCGUGGAGCUGCUCUCUGCGGCGGCCUUGCAGCGCGUCGCGGCCGGGCGCUGGACGUGCGACGAUGACCCGGCGCUGCUGUUCGAGCCGGCGCCCGUCGUUGCGCGUGCGCUCGCGCACACGCCGCCCACGUCGCCGCUGGCCGUGCUGGAUCUCGGGUGCGGCGCUGGCCGCGACGUGGCGUACGUGCUGACCAAGGCACGGCGCCAGCAGCGCGCAUGCCGCGCGACGGGCGUGGACCGCUGGCGCGCGGCCCUGCGGCGCGCGGCCCUGCUGAUGGAGGACUUGCACGUCGACACGGACACACACGGCGCGCAGGUAUGCGAGGCGCUCCUGGCCUAUGACAUCCAGGACGACGGGCGCAUCAAGCCCGUGCGCGCUGCCGGCGCCGAGGACCUGGAGGCCUGCGAGCUCGGCGUGUGGGCCACGCGCCUGCCCCACGCACGCUACGACAUGGUAUGGGUCGUGCGGUUCUGGCCACGCGCGCUCCUACGUGCACUGCCGCAGCUCGUGCGCGAGGGCGGCCUCCUCGUGCUGAGCCACUUUGCGCAUGCACCGGCCGACGACGUGCCGCGGCGCGGCGCGCCCCUCGCCGCAUACGCGUCGCCGCCCAUCGACCGCCGUGUGCAUGCAUGGGAGAUUCCUGCGCUGCUCGCGCACUGGCGUGCGCACUAUGGGCCCUGCGAGGUGCUCGAGCAGUGCAUCGAGCCGGUCGAGGACGGACGGCCCGUGCACAGCGUCGUCGUGCGCCGCGGCGCUGGCCCGCCGGGUGCCUCCACCCACCAUCAUGAGCCGGCUUGGGCGCUGGACUUUGAUGGGAAUCGAGACCGUAUUGUGCGCUCGAUCGAGCUGGCCAAGGCGGCUGGCAGCACGCUGCGCAUCGGGCCGGAGCUGGAGAUUCCGUACGUGGGCCGCACUGACCGCAGGGGCUACGGCUGUUACGACCACUUUCUCGAGCGCGACACGGAGCAGCACUCGUGGGAGGUGCUCGCGGAGCUCCUCCGGACGGACCUGACCGACGGCAUCCUGUGCGAUGUCGGCAUGCCCGUGACGCACCAUGCCGUGCUGUACAACUGCCGCGUCGCCCUGCUGGACCGCCGCAUCCUGCAUGUGCGUCCGAAGAUGUGGCUCGCCAACGACGGCAACUACCGCGAGAUGCGCUACUUCACGCCGUGGAUGCGCCCCCACGCGACUGAGACACUCACGCUCCCCGCGUGCAUCACGGCCUGCACCGGCCAGACGCAGGUGCCGAUCGGCGAUGCGCUCCUUGCCGCGCCCGACACGGUCGUCGGCGUCGAGCUGUGUGAGGAGCUGUUCACCGCCGCCUCGCCGCACAUUGCGCAUGCACUGCAGGGCGCCGAGAUCCUGAUCAACUCGAGCGGGAGCCACCACGAGCUGCGCAAGCUGCACCGCCGCAUCGAGCUCAUUCGCGAGGCCACCCUCAAGCUCGGUGGCGUGUACCUGUAUGCGAACCAGCGGGGGUGCGAUGGCGACCGCCUCUACUACGAUGGGUGCGCCCUCAUCGCUGUGAAUGGCGAGAUCGUCGCGCAGGGCGCGCAGUUCGGCCUCGACGACGUCGAGGUCGUGAGCGCUACCGUCGACCUCGCUGACGUGCGCGCACACCGCACGGCGAAGAGUCGCGGCAUGCAGGCGGCCUGGCUCGCUGCCGGCCACGGCGGCCUCCCGGCCGGCGGCCCGCCGCGCGUCGACGUCCCACAGCGCCUCACGCGCACCGCCCAGCUCACCGAGCCGCCGUCCGCGCCGCAGCCCGUGCACUACCACACGCCGCCGGAGGAAAUUGCCCUUGGCCCCGCGUGCUGGCUGUGGGACUAUCUGCGCCGCUCGCGCACGCAGGGCUUCCUCCUGCCCCUCUCAGGCGGUCUCGACUCGUGUGCAACGGCCGUGAUUGUGCACAGCAUGUGCCGCCUCGUGCACGCCUCGUGCGCGGCCGGCAACGAGCAGGUGCUCGCUGAUGCGCGGCGCAUCGUCGGCGAGCCGGCCGACUCGUCCUGGGUGCCUGCGUCGCCACAGGCGCUCGCUGAGCGACUGUUUGUGACGUGCUACAUGGGCACGGCCAACUCGAGCGAGGCCACGCGCGAGCGUGCGCGCUCGCUCGCGGCGGCGGUCGGCUCGUGCCACUAUGCGUUCGACAUUGACUCGGCCGUCAGCGCGGUGCUGCACGUCUUCCAGCUUGUCACGCGGUGCACGCCGCGGUUCCGCGUGCACGGCGGCUCGCCCGCCGAGAACCUCGCGCUGCAGAACAUCCAGGCGCGCCUGCGCAUGGUGUUUGCGUACCUGUUCGCCCAGCUCGCGCCGUGGGUGCAUGGGCGCACGGGGGGCCUGCUCGUGCUCGGCAGUGCCAAUGUCGACGAGACCCUGCGCGGCUAUCUGACCAAGUACGACAACUCGGCGGCCGAUCUGAACCCGAUCGGAGGCAUCGCCAAGGCGGACUUGCGGCACUUUGUGUCGUACGCGGAGUCAGCGUUUGCGCUGCCUGAGCUUGGCGCGUUCCUCACCGCGCCGCCGACCGCGGAGCUCGAGCCGAUCACUGCAGAGUAUGUGCAGAGCGACGAAGCGGACAUGGGCAUGACGUACGACGAGCUGACCGUAUUUGGGCGCCUGCGCAAGGUCGGCAAGUGCGGCCCCUACAGCCUCUUUGUGAAGCUGCUCCCGCUCUGGACGCCGCGCCUGACGCCCGAGGCCAUCGCGGCGAAGGUCAAGACGUUCUUCUUUGAGUAUGCGCGCAACCGCCACAAGACCACUACGCUUACGCCCGCGUACCAUGCCGAGUCGUACAGCCCGGAAGACCACCGCUUCGACCUGCGCCCCUUCCUGUAUCCGGUGCACUUCUCGUACCAGUUCCGGCGCAUCUACGAAGUGAUAGCACAGCUACGUGGCUCUGCUAGCUAG